AUGGGAACCGUUUUAUUGCCAAAUGCUACUUUGGGGAUCGUCCUACAAAAGAAAAGCCAUCAUAACAACAUUAAUGUUGUUUCAAAUUUGUGUCUUGUGCACCACCAUCCUCUUAUAGUUUGUCCUAAGCGAACAAGAAAAAGGAGACUGUUGAAUAGUGGCAACUGGAAUUGGAAGUCAAGAACCUCUGCGUUCUCAAAUGUGGAUGAUUCCAUUAAUAGCUCUGCUGAUAUGGUUGUUGAUGAUGAUGAUUUUACAUCACGAGGAACUGAAGUGUUGGCAGUAGAAGAAGAUGAAUUAAUUGCAACUAAGAAAGCUCUCUCCGAGACUCGAUCCAGACAGGAAGCUAUUGAAAAAGAAAGAGAUCAGUUGCUUGAAGAGUUGGCUCAGUCUCAGGCUAAACAACAGGAGUAUGUGGCUACCAUAUUGCAUGACAAAGAAGUAGCUAUUGCAGAACUCGAGGCUGCCAAGUCGCUCUUCCAUCAUAAACUGCAGGAGUCGGUGGAAGAAAAGUUCAGCUUGGAAUCUAGGCUGGUUUUAGCAAAACAAGAUGCCGUUGAACUUGCUGUACAAGUUGAAAAGUUAGCAGAGAUAGCUUUCCAGCAGGCAACAUCUCAUAUACUCGAAGAUGCCCAGCGGAGAGUGUCAGCUGCUGAAACUUCUGCUGCUGAAGCUGCUUUUCAUAUUGAAGAACAGGUUCGAAGUGCAACUGAAGGUUCCAUAUUCUCAAUUGUCGAACAGUCAAAAGAUGCUAUAGAGAAGGCCCUGGAUGUGGCCAAAAAAGCUGGUGACUAUGCUACAAGAGCUGUGGCAGUCUUUAAUGAUGCUGUUAAUCCAGUCGAUGAGAUUGCAUCAGUCCAAUCAGAGAAUAUUAGGUUACAAGGAAUUGUAAAUGAUCUGGAAUCUCAACUAUUGAUCACAAGAAAGGAGGUUGAUAAGUUGAAAGUGGACUCAGAACAGGUCCAUGGACGAGCAAAAGCAUCUGAACUCCGAGCUGAAGAUGCUGAGAAGGCUCUGCUUGAAUUUCAGGAGUCAAACAGGAAAGUUACUGUCCAGCGAGAAGAGGAAAUCAACUCUUUGCUGGAGAAAAUAAAGAAAGAUACUGCUGAAAGAAAGAAAACUGCAUCCAGGGAAUUUAAGGCUGAAUUGGAAAGCAUCAAGGCUGCCAUUGAAGCUGCCAAAGAAACAGCAUGUUCGAGAGAUGAGGCCUACAUGAGAAGAUGUGAAGCAUUGCAGGGAUCUUUAAGUGCAUCUGAAACUACUUCAAAAAUGUGGAGACACAGAGCAGAAAUUGCAGAGUCAGUAUUAUUAAAUGACGAAGAGGAUGAAGAUGCCAUCUACAUAGUUAAUGGUGGGCGUAUAGACCUUUUGACAGAUGAUGAUUCACAGAAAUGGAAACUGUUGAGUGAUGGUCCUCGUAGAGAGGUACCUCAAUGGAUGGCAAGGAGGAUCCAAAGUAUCUGUCCCAAGUUUCCACCAAGAAAGGUUGAUAUAUCUGAAGCCCUGACAUCAAAUUUCAGGCCACUGCACUUGCCCAAACCUGAUGAAGUAUGGUCAAUUGCUCAAGAAAAGCUUAAGGUAGGGGAUACAAUUAUUGAACAUGUAAUUGAGAAAGAAACAAUAGAGAAGAAGCGAAAGGCUCUGGAACGUGCUCUUCAGCGGAAGACCAUACAAUGGCAGAGGACACCCAAGGAAACAAAAUUAGAGCCAGGAACUGGAACGGGACGGGAGAUUGUGGUUGAGGUGCCUUGUCUACUCAGAACACAACUGCUGUCUAUAUGUCCACUUCAUGAAAGAUUAGAGCUCUACAACCUUCUUGACCUGUUGUUUCAUCCCCACUUAAAUCUUGUUGCUGAUAUUGCAUUUCAAGGUUUCAAUUGGGAAAGCUGGAGAAGGCAGUGGUACCUGGAGUUAGCCGCUAAAGCUGCUGAUUUAUCUCAAUGUGGAGUAACAGCAGUGUGGCUCCCACCACCAACAGAAUCUGUAGCUCCUCAAGGUUAUAUGCCUUCUGAUCUCUACAACUUGAACUCAGCAUAUGGUUCUGUGGAAGAACUGAAACACUGCAUAGAGGAAAUGCAUUCUCAAGAUCUUCUGGCCUUGGGAGAUGUUGUACUAAAUCAUCGAUGUGCACAAAAACAGAGUCCAAAUGGUGUUUGGAACAUUUAUGGUGGACGGCUUGCAUGGGGUCCUGAAGCAAUUGUGUGCGAUGAUCCAAAUUUCCAGGGCCGUGGAAAUCCUUCAAGUGGUGAUAUCUUCCAUGCAGCUCCAAAUGUUGAUCAUUCUCAGGACUUUGUGAGAAGAGACAUAAAGGAUUGGUUAAAUUGGCUUCGAAAUGAUAUUGGUUUUGAUGGUUGGCGCCUUGACUUUGUAAGGGGCUUCUCUGGUACAUAUGUUAAAGAAUAUAUUGAAACUUCAAAUCCUGCAUUUGCUAUUGGAGAAUACUGGGAUAGUUUAGCUUAUGAACAUGGUAGCUUGUGUUACAAUCAAGAUGCUCAUCGGCAGAGGAUAGUCAAUUGGAUCAAUGCCACAGGAGGUACUUCUUCUGCAUUUGAUGUCACCACGAAGGGAAUACUACAUUCUGCUCUUCACAACCAAUAUUGGAGGCUAAUAGAUCCCCAAGGAAAACCAACCGGAGUGAUGGGAUGGUGGCCCUCACGUGCUGUCACAUUUUUGGAGAAUCAUGACACAGGAUCAACUCAGGGUCAUUGGCCAUUUCCUCGAGAUAAGCUGAAACAAGGAUAUGGUUACAUUUUAACCCAUCCAGGGACGCCCACAAUAUUUUAUGAUCAUUUCUAUGAUUUUGGCAUCCGCGACGUCAUCACUGAGCUGAUUGAGGCUCGAAGACGGGCUGGGAUCCAUUGUCGGAGCUCUGUCAAGAUAUACCAUGCAAACAAUGAGGGUUAUGUUGCACAGAUAGGUGAUACACUGGUGAUGAAGCUUGGACAUUUUGAUUGGAAUCCCUCGAAGGAAAAUAAUCUGGAAGGACGUUGGCAAAAAUUUGUGGACAGAGGAUCAGAUUAUCAAUUGUGGUUGAGACAAUAG